AACCUGCGUACUAGUCGUGUCGCAGCGCUCACGUAACAAAAUUCUUAUUAUUAUUACUGUCACUCUCUUUACUUGCCUUGAUACUUGGCCGGUGGUGUGUUCAUUCUCGUUUCGACUAUAUAUACAUUGCGCGUUUUUCAUUUUCGACACCGCCCCCGAAUUACGAUCCCUUUUACGCGUCUGGAGCUCUCGCGCUCUCGUCGAAGAAACACAUCCGCGCUCGCGCAUGAAAUUCGCCACAAUUAGCGGUCGAAUAUCACACGGAACGCAUCGAUAAAGUGAUAGAGGGACAGGCCGUAACGAGAGAGAGAGGGAGAGAGGAGUACAAAUACGUCAACUACGAACCCAUCGUCUGCGAACCUUACCCGUUCGCCUCCGCGACUUACGAGCGUCGCUGGUUUUCCAGAGCGUUGCUGCGUGUCAAGCACCCGGUGCGUGACAAGUCAUACAACUCGCACAACCUCGUCAUCCUCGUCAUCGUCGCCGUCGUCCUUGUCCUCUUCGUGGCGUGUAAGCGCGCGAACGCGUUCACGCAGCAGACUUAGAAUCUGUCAGCCGGAACGUCAUAGGACGCACGCGCUCGCUACAUCCGGUGCAUGGGUUGCUGUUGCUCAUCGAAUAGAUGAAACAUCCGGUUUACAGGAGAAACAUCGCCGACGUGGCCGAUAGCGUUCAUCGGGUGCUGCCCUGCUCCUCCUCCGUGGCGGACACGCUGCUGGUGUUAUCGAUUGCUCUAAAAUAGACGCGUGGGAACAACACCUGCAGGCCAGGCGUAUACACAUGCCGCUCGCAGGCGCAUAAACGCGCAACAGACCGCACACGUUCGUGCACCACGCUUCGUACACACAUACGGCUUGUCCGCUCUCUCUUUCUCUCUCUCUCUCUCUCCCCUCUCUCUUUUUUUUUCUCUCUCUCGCCUUUACGCUGCCACGACUCCCUUGCAGCGGCAACGUGUGACAGGUGCAACGACGGCGACGUCGUGUAGGGUAGCCGGAGGUGGCGCUAUCGGAGAACCGCAGCAGGAAGCGGAAGAAGAAGUGAGUGAGGUCGGCGCCGCGGAAAGACGCGAAAAAGAAGAGGAAGAAGAAUCGAGGAAGGAAGAGACGGAAGGGGAGAAAAAAGAGGAGGAAGAAAGGGGGAAGCCGACCAGGAGAGAGAGAGAGAAGAAAGACCGGGUCAGGGAAGGAGAGAAGGCGUGGAGGAGAAAGAGGAGAAAGAGGAGGAAGAGGAGGAGGCGGCCGCGGCCCCCGUAUUUUUUCACGAAGGGAAGGUUAUUUUCUACUGAUACGUCCUGGAGGCGCCCGUCGUCUUCGCCGGUACAACCAUAACGCCGCCCGCUUUAAAACGACCGAGACGGGACACGGUGGACUCAUCGCCGCCACCCGCUCGUACCGCAGCCCCCGGCAACCCCGGACCGUCCGGCAAACUCGCCUGCAUCAUGGAUGCGCCGCUAUCGCAGAGCAUGGACUCCGUUAACACGGUGGCCACCGGCGAAGAUGAGGUGCGCACCUUGUUCGUGAGCGGCUUGCCGAUGGACACCAAGCCGAGGGAGCUCUAUCUACUCUUCAGAGCGUACGAGGGGUACGAAGGGUCGCUAUUAAAAGUCACGAGUAAAAAUGGGAAAACAGCAUCGCCGGUGGGGUUCGUGACUUUUCACACGAGGGCAGGCGCGGAGGCGGCGAAGCAGGAUCUGCAGCAGGGGGUUAGAUUCGAUCCUGAUAUGCCACAAACCAUACGUUUGGAAUUUGCAAAAAGUAACACAAAGGUUAGCAAACCCAAGCAACCAGCCGCUGCAGCAGCCACCACGCACCCCGCUCUGAUGCACCCUUUAACGGGACACCUAGGGAGUCCGUUCUUCCCCGGUGGUCCUGAAUUGUGGCAUCAUCCAUUGGCGUAUUCUACAGCCGGCGAAUUACCGGGCACACUGCAACAUGCGACGCUGGUGCAUCCGGCGUUACAUCCUCAGGUCCCCGCGCCUAUGUCCCUGCCGCAUCCUACAACGCUGACGUCGAUACACGCGUCGCUGCCUCAUUUUCUACCGUCGCCGGCAUUGGCGUCACCGGUCGGGUCGCCCUCGUCGCAGCCGAACAUAGCUGUCAGCAAUGCGCAGUGCUCCACCCUCUUCGUGGCGAACCUGGGCCAAUUUGUGUCCGAGCAUGAACUAAAGGACAUAUUCAGCAGUUUUCCUGGUUUCUCCCGGCUUCGUAUGCACACGAAGGGAGGGUCGCCAGUGGCCUUUGUCGAAUACCAAGACGUUCGCUACGCGGCCCAGGCGAUGGCCACUCUCCAAGGGUCCUUUCUCCUCUCCUCCGACCGGGGAGCGAUACGAAUCGAAUAUGCAAAGUCAAAAAUGGCCGAGGUGGGCUUUACAAAUCUCUGGAUCGAAGGAUCAAAGAGACAAGAAAACGGCCAACCUUAAGAUUGAUAUCAACGGUAUGUAAAGAGUUGGAGGAUCAGCCGGUACGAGGAGAUGGCCAGAUGCGCUCUCGUCGGAUAGGACAUCAAUCAGAAAAUGAAACACGAGGAAGAACCACACAGGAAGAUGUACACUAUUUGAAUAGUCGACAUAUCGGCGAGAGAAUCGCGAGGAACGAAACGUCGCAAAUGCGGGAGCACAUAGACAUAUACACUUACGAACACACUCGAGGAAAAAAAAAGAGAAA